GUGAGGGAGGCUGUGCCGGUGAGGAGCUCCUUCAAGUUAAUUGGAACAGUUUAGAUGCCGUCCGCGUUGGUUUAAGUAGAUAAGAACAACCCUGCGCGUUUGAAUAUCGGAGAAAAGGAAUACGGUGCGCUGAAGGCGGAUUGGUAAAUGUUAAGGGCGCACGAAUUUAGUUCGAGAGAAGAUUAUUAUUUUAAAACAGUUUUCACAUGAAGAUGCAGCCUUGAACCCACUCUUUCUCAAAGUGGGAGUUCAUUUUAGGUUCAGCGCCUAUUAUGAUGAAACGCGGCGCUCCGUAAGCGACCAGGCGAGAUGGGAAAAUGGGAGAUAACGAUGAACCCAGUGCAGGAGUGGGGAGAGGAGACUGAAGAUGGUGCUGUUUACGGGGUCACUCUUCGUCGAGAGCCCGUCCCCUCCUCCACAAAGGCCACUGAGGAGAGCCCAUGCUCUGCUUUUAUGCAGUACCGAACCUGCAAGGUGCGCCGCCUGAAGGCCGCCACCCUGGAACUGCUUGUGAAUCACCUCCUGGACUCUGGCUGCCAGGAACAGGACUACAGCAAGAUCUUCCUCUCCACAUACAGAACCUUCACCAGCACCACAAAGCUGAUAGAGCUGCUCUUCCAGAGAGACAGUGCUUCCUCAGAUCUGGACAAUGGCGAAUGCUACAGGAGCCCUCUGUUGGCCUUUGUUCAGACAUGGCUGGAUGAGUACAGCGAGGACUUCAGGGACCCUCCCCUGCACCCGGCGCUUCGGCUGCUCUUGGAUCACCUGAGGAUCAGCUCUGCAGUGCACGACAGCAUGCGGAGCCAGCCCAACUUUUGCUCACUUGCCGGGCAAUCUGAGGAGCUCCUCAGGAAGUUCCAGAAAGAAGAAGUGGCAUUAAAUGGUGGUUCUGCUUCUGCAGAUCUUGAGCAAGAUGAUGUGGAGUCUAGUGAUGAAGACUCGGGCAGUGAAAACUGUCAGGAUCAAGGUGGGAUCAUGGAUUUUUCUGCAGCAGCCAUUGCUGAACAGCUCACUCGAGUGGACUCUGCUCUGUUUGUCAAAGUGAUACCAUACCAGUGUCUGGGCUGUGUAUGGUCCCAAAGGGACAAGAAGGAAAACAUGUCGCCCACCAUCCGAGCCACCAUCGCACAAUUCAAUGCGGUCACCAACCAGGUCAUCGGGUCGCUGCUCUGCCGCCCUACAGAUAGCAGUCCCACUUCCUCCCCUCUAACUCCCACCUCGCCAGUGCAAAGGGCUCGCAUCAUAGAGAAGUGGAUCAAAGUAGCGCAGGAUUGUCGCCGCUUGAAGAACUUCUCUUCUCUUAAGGCGAUCCUGUCGGCCCUUCAGUCUAAUGCCGUUUACAGGCUGAGAAAGACCUGGGCUGCUGUCAGCAGGGAUAACAUGGCGGCAUUUGAUAACCUCUGUGCAACUUUCCCUGAUGAGAACUGUGUUCUGACCAACAGGGAGUUCCUGAUGGAGGAUGGAGGUCCUGCACCUGAUAACAUUUCUCCAAAGAUAUUCAAACGGUGUCCACUCACCCGACAGAUGAGUAUCUCAAGUGGAGUGGUUCCAUACCUUGGCACAUAUCUGACUGUCCUCACCAUGCUGGACACGGCCCUGCCAGACACUGUGCAGGGUGGUCUUAUAAACUUUGAGAAGAGGAGGCGGGAAUUCGAUGUUCUGUCACAGAUCCGUCUGCUCCAGGCGUCCUGUUCCCAGUACGCUCUCGGCCAUCAGCCCAGAAUCGCCGCCUGGCUGCAGCGACACAAGCUGCUGACUGAUCAGGAGAGCUACGAGCUGUCAACACAGCUGGAGCCUCCUGUGGACUUGUGCUCGCCACCUCCAUGGAGCCACCGCACUCUCUCAGUGAAACUCUCUUUCCUCAAGAUGGGGAGUGAUGGUGCUAAGAAACCCCCUGCUGACCAGAUCAGCGUUUCAUCUUCUGGAUCCAGUGGAUCUGAGAUGGAGGAUCUCUCCUCCCCAAACCCGACCUGUUCCAUCAAACUGCGGUCCUUUCACGGCUCCUGCAACAAUGUGUCCGAGUCCUUCUCUUCGUCGUCCUCCUCCUCCUCCUCGUCCUCGUCCUCUCCCAGCAUCUCAGCUUCCUCCUCUGCAGAUUCCCCUUCUCCCUCGAUCUCGUCCCCUCUCUGCCGAGCAGACGUCUGCGCUGCAGCCUCAUCCUGUGGGGGGGCGCGGCCGAAGCCUUAUGUGGCCUCCCACAAGCGCUCGGUGUCUAUGACCUCCCUGCCGGUGUACAACCGUCAGGUGGAUGACUCCUGCAUCAUCAGGGUGAGCGUGGACCUGGGCCACAACAAUGGGAACAUGUACAAAAGUAUUCUGUUGACCAGCCAGGACAAAACUGCUCAGGUGAUCCAGAGGGCUUUGGAGAAACAUCACCUUGAGCACAAGAACUGGCAGGACUUCACUCUGACGCAGGUCAUCUCUCAAAACAAAGAGUUUCUCAUACCAGACAAGGCAAACGUCUUCUAUGCGAUGUCUACAGCAGCAGACUUUAACUUCGUUUUGCGCCAGAACCACAAAGGCCAGAAGAAACCGCUGAGAGCAACAGCUAGUCUUGGACGAUUCACAAAGUAGCGAAAGCGGCUGCAGAAUGAACUGAGCUGUGCGGCACUUCUGUAUAAUGGCCUUUAUUUUUAGAGGCUUCGUGAGGAAGAUGCAUUCUGUGAUGUUUCGGUCUUCUUUGGUUACUGAAAGGGGCUAAAAUGUGACACUAAAGCGAAAACUGAGAAGACUGCCCACGUGGGCAGAAACUAACUGGUAUGCUUUUUAUUAAGUCUGCCAUUAAGCCAAAAAAUGUUAAUCUUUAACCAACAAAGAUGUCACUUCCAACAAACACAGACCCGUAGAGCAAUGCCUUCCUCUCCUGCAUCGAUGCAUUGGUGACCUACUUAUAUGUGCGCCCUGAGAACUGAUUGGUUGUUUCCCAGCGCAGCUGGGUGCUGUUAAUAACCGGCACAUUUAAAAAGGGGAUCGGGGCCAGUUGCCAGUGAAGGUAGUGGAGUCCUGGGGCCCUGCAGCGGGCUGUCAGCUCAGAGAGAUCCCUGUGUGCUUAAGUGCUUGUGCGCCAGUGGCAUAUGAGAAGUGGGUGGGGACGUUAUCAUCAGGGAUCAGCGUGUACCCUGGGAGUUUCUGAAACGGCGCCGCUGGUGUUGCUGUGACACUCGCCGUGUGCGGCUGGCAGCUCCGACUGGAAGGAUCGCAUUCUUAAGGUUGGGUAACCGCAGCAGUGGAGAUGAUGAACUGGAGGGGAGCAUACAUGUGCAAAUAUCUGCUGAGUGGGAAAGAAUACUGAUUGUAUGACUCGACUAGAUUUCAGUGUUAGUACGUUUGACUCUUUUAUUUAAAAAAACCAUGUUUUUGUAUUUAUUUUCACUGUGGCUCCUCUGUGAUUCACUUUGCACUUUGAUGUAACAUGACUGUGUUGUCUCAACCCAACAUACUUUGCAUUUUGAAGGAAAGUAUGUUGGUGGUAAAUACUUUCAUUUCCUAAUUUUUGAUGAAUACUGAGUAUUUAAAAUGCUAAUUUUUUUAAAAAUGUUUUUUGUUUGUUUUUUAAAUGAACAAAUAUCUUCCUCCUCGUGCUGUGAAGCCUGGGUGUACCCGCUGCAUAAAUGGCCUUUUUUUUUUUUUUUUUUUUUUUUAAGUCUACCAAGGAAUUCAUGUGGAUCUAAUCAUUUCAAUGACGUCAACUGAUGCAGAGCUUGAGCUAAUUGAUGAUGAUAAUCAUCUGUACAGUUAAAGCUCCAGAGAGUAUUUGCAAAGAUUAUUUGUACUAUGAGUUGACGCACUUGAUCUAAUGUCAAGUUUUGUAACUUUUGUGGGAAAGGAACACGCCUCAUUUCUUUUUUUUCUUCCCCCUCCAUACAACUCUCUUUAUUACUAGAAGUAACAGUUGGACAACAAAGGAAGCUGCUUUUUAAAUCCUGGCUUUAAUACGUGUUGACAUGCUGUAUCUCAAGCUUCAUAUUAAACAUUU